AUGGCGAUGCCGAGCGACUGCGCACCUCCAGCAAGCGCGAAGAAUGCUGAAGCACGCGAACACCAAGAUACCAACCAUCCGAGCUUCCGCUUUCUCGACCUGCCUCUAGAGAUACGUUCAAGCAUAUAUGGCUACUUCGAUAGACCUCAGGGCAAAGACGAGCGUACAACCAGAGAAUCGCUGAUGAUGGUGUCCGUCCAAGUUUCCACGGAAUGUUCGCCCAUAUUCUUUCGUGAGAUGGAGUUCCACAUUCACAAGGGAGAAAGAGGUAGUGUGCAGCACUUCACAAAUCACUUCCUAGCCUCCCUACCUGAUUACAAACUCCGUAAUAUCCGCAAGCUGGUGUACUAUGUUGAUGAGGCCAGAGGGAGCAACAUUCGUGGUACUAGUGGCAUGGUGCAUCUCCGCCGCACACUGCUCCAGCGCAUUGAGAGUCUUGAUUCUUUGGAAGAGGUGGUGAUCCGAACACUCCAUUGGAUCGUUUUCGAACAAUUGCUCGGCCUGGCAGAGGAGGAAAUUGUCGACGCGGAUGCAGAUGAGAUGUGGAGGCAGAUGUGCCUGAUCGAUCCUAGAUGGAAGAGGGCUGAGGAGGGACUCAUUGGUGACAGCUGUCCACUGCAGUCCUGGAAUAUCACAAGACGGAUGGCCACAGACAGCGAGGAUGGACCUGGAAUAGUCGAAAUCGAGUCCUCUGACGAUAUCGACUGGGAAUUCGAUGGCAGGUACGCAGGGAUGCCCGAACGCUUUUUCAUCACCAACACCUACCGAAAGCCCCAGAAAAUCCAGACGAAAACCUCAGAACCUGCUCAUACUGACGUAGUCGAAGCUGUCUGA